AUGUCCGGUCCUCCAUCCCGCCUGCGCAACGUCCUGGGCCAUCUGCUGCCGCAGCCGUCGCCCUACGCGGACCACGCGCCCUACCACUUCUCGCACCUCUCCCCUACUUACUUCCUCGAGCGCGCGGCCUCCAUCGAGCCCAAUGCCGAGGCCGUCUACCAUGUGACGGCGAACGGCCGCAUCCUGCGCCGCAACUACCAGGAGGUGGCCGACCGCGCGCGGGGCCUGGCCUACUUCCUGCGCAAGCACAACCUCAAGCGCGUCGGCAUCCUCGCGCCGAAUACGCCGGCUUUCCUGGAGAGCAUUUACGGUAUCGUGGCUGCUGGCGGUGUUAUUGUGCCUGUGAACUACCGUCUCAAGCAGGAGGAUGUCAAGUACAUUUUUGAGUUUGCCGAGGUGGAUUCGAUUAUCGUCGAUAAGGAGUUUGAGGGGCUGCUGCAGAAGUUCCGGGCAGCUAACCCGACUGUGAGGAUCAUUGUUGAUCUGGAUACCGAUGCGACAGAAGGCGCCCUCUGCGGCCCCUACGACGAGGCCGUCCUGGAGGGCCUGAAGUACGACCAAGAGACGGGCAACAAGGGCUGGGCGGACCUCGUCUCCCAGCGCGUCGCGAACGAGGACGACCUCCUCGCCAUCCCCUUCACCUCGGGCACCACCUCCAAGCCCAAGGGCGUCAUGUACACCCACCGUGGCGCUUAUCUUGCCGCUCUCGCUAACAUUGUCGAGUCUGGCCUCAACCUCCCCGACCGCCGCUGCCGCUACCUCUGGACCCUGCCCAUGUUCCAUGCCGUCGGCUGGACCUUCCCCUGGUCCGUCUGCGCCGUUCGCGGCACCCACGUCUGCCUGCGCAAGAUUGAUUAUCCCCUGAUCUGGCGCCUGCUCAAGCAGGAGGGCAUCACCCAUUUCAACGCGGCUCCUACGGUCAACACGCUCCUGUGCAACCACAAGGACGCGGAGCCGCUGCCCCAUCCCGUCCGCGUCACCGUCGCCGCUAGCCCCCCGACCCCCGCGCUCUUUGAGCAGAUGACUAAGCUUAAUCUACUGCCUGUCCACGUCUACGGCAUGACUGAGACUUAUGGACCCAUUACCCGUGGCUAUAUCCUGCCGGAGUGGGAGCGUCUUCCCGGCCAUGAGCGCUUUGCCAACAUGGCGCGCCAGGGCUGGGGUUUCUUGACCAGCCUGCCGGUGCGGGUGAUCAAGACGGAUCAACCGGAGGGCGUGGUCGUGGACGUGGAGCGCAACGGCAAGGAGAUUGGCGAGAUCGUAUUCCAAGGGAAUAUCUGCUGCAAGGGGUACUAUAAGGAUCCGGAGGCGACGAGGAAGCUAUUCGAGGGCGGUGUGCUGCACUCGGGCGAUCUGGCCGUUUGGCAUCCGGAUGGGAGCAUCCAGAUUCAGGAUCGGGCGAAGGAUAUUAUUAUUUCUGGCGGCGAGAACAUCUCCUCUGUGGCCCUCGAGUCCAUGCUCGCGGAGCACCCGGACAUCCUGGAGGCCGGCGUUGUCGCCGUCCCCGACUCGCACUGGGGCGAGCGGCCCAAGGCCUACGUGACCAUCAAGGAGGGCCACGCCAAGAAUUUGCGCCCGAAGGACAUCAUCGACUGGGCCAAGAACCAGAGCAACAUCAGCAAGUUCAUGGUGCCCCGCGAGGUCGAGUUUGUGCGUGAGUUGCCCAAGACGAGCACGGGCAAGAUCAAGAAAAACGUGCUGCGCGAGUGGGCGAAGAAAGGCACGCCGAAGGAGUUUGCUUUGGAGUAA